AUGAACAAGUUGCGUUCCAUAUAUAAGUUUUUCACCGCUAUCGAACAGAGCGAGGGAGUGGGUGCUCGUGUGAGAAGAUCGAUAGGGACCAUGAAGUUGAGAAACUUCACGCCAUUCCUCAUGUUGGAUCAUUUUAGCGUGGCUCCUCCUGCAGGAUUCCCAGAUCAUCCACAUCAUGGGCAGGAGACGAUCACAUAUAUCUUGAGCGGAAUGGUGGCUCACGAGGACUUCACUGGGUCGAAAGGUGUGUUGUAUCCAGGCGACUUGCAAUUUAUGACUGCGGGGAAGGGUAUUGUGCACUCUGAAAUACCAGUAGGUCUAGAGUCUGGAGAGCCCGCGGUUGGUCUUCAAUUGUGGGUUGACUUGCCAUCGGAACUGAAAGAUUGUGAGCCCCGUUACAGGGACCUCCGUAAGGGCGAGACACCAAUUGCCAAGCCAUCAGAGUCUUUGCAGGUGAGGGUAAUUAGCGGUGAGUCCUACGGUGUCUCUUCGCUCAGCGAGCUGGCUUACACACCAGUGAGUUUUUAUCACUUCAUCGCCUCUCAGAAGGGCACAGAAUUCGAGCAGGCAUUCCCUGAAAAUUUCAAUGUUUUCAUGUAUGUUUUAGAGGGCAGUGUGAGCGUCAACGAUAAGGAAUUUCCACAAUACUCAACAGUGUUUUUCAACGCUGAUGGCGAGGGUGUGAAAGGUGUCAGCGUUUCAGAUAACGCUGAGUUUGUAUUGAUAGGUGGUGAAAUCCUCGAACAGCCUGUUGUACAGUACGGCCCCUUCGUUGAAACUACUAAGGAACGUAUAAUAAAGGUGUUUGACAAUUACCAGAGCGGUACCAAUGGGUUUGAAAGAGCCCCUGGGUGGUCAUCAUCUAUUUCCGGAGGUAUCGUCGAAGGCGAUGUGGAGAAUUUCGAAAAAUCUUCCUGA